CAACAACCUCUUCUCCGAGCUCUGCUCUCGCUGGCUCUCUCAAAACCCUCCUUCGAUCGAACAGCUAAGAGAGAGAGAGAGAGAGAGAGAGAGAACGAAACGAAUUCGAUGGAGAGGAAAGAUCGGGGAGAGAGAUUUUGGGGUUCUAUUUUUUUCUUAUUUUCCUUUUUCAUCAGGGCGACCUGCAAGGACAAGGGAGAAGGGGGAUAGCUCGGAUACCUCUGAUUCCAACCAUUGGGAUCAGGUGGUCGCCCGUUCCCUUUCUUUCCGAGAAUCCGUGUUGAAUCCUUUUCAAAUAUUGCAUUUUUUAGGUCGACAUUGUUUCGAUUCCGAUCAAUUCAUUGUCGCUGUCUUCUUCUUCUUCUUCUGCUGAGAGAGAUUCUCAACAGAAGAAGAACCCAGGAAAUCAGAAAGCUUGGUUAAUGGAUUCGGAGCUGCGGUGAGAGGAAGGAAAGGCUUUAUCUGAGCGGCUUGCAGGAAGAUCGAGAAUGGAGGGCUGGUUGUAUCUAAUCAGGUCCAAUCGAUUCGGUCUGCAGUCUUCCAGGAAAAGAUACUUUGCUCUGAAGGAGAACCUUCUCAAUUGCUAUAAGAACAUACCCAAAUCAAAUAGGGAGGAACCUCUAAAAACCGCAUUGAUUGAUUCCUAUAUACGGGUCGCUGAUAAUGGAAGAGAGAGCUUCCAUAGAAAUGUUUUCUACAUUUUUACAGUUUACAAUUCUUCUAAUCACAAUGAUCAACUUAAGCUGGGUGCUCGAAGCUCAGAAGAAGCAGCUAAGUGGAUUCAAUCGUUAAAAGAAGCAGCAAUGAAGGAAAGCCCAAGCAAUGGAACCAAACAUGUUCAUUGCUCGAAGAGUAGACGCCAAUCAUUCAGGUUAGUCCAAGCUAGAGGUAGAACUCGUCUGCAUUCCAUAGAUUGGACAGUUUUCUCAACUGGGCACACUAAGAGGAUGGCCUCUGAUGUUAUUGCACCAUCACCAUGGAAAAUUUUUGACUGUAAAAAUGGCUUGAGGCUCUUUAAAGAGGCAAAAAAUGCACAGUUUCUUAGGAUGCAUUGGGAUGAUCAUCCAGCUAUAAUGGCUGUAGGUGUGGUCGAUGGACCGUCAGAAGCCAUUUUUCAGACAUUGAUGUCUUUUGGUCCGUCAAGAUCUGAAUGGGAUUUCUGUCUAGCCUAUGGCAGCGUGGUUGAACAUCUUGAUGGUCACACUGAUAUUAUCCACAAGAAAUUAAGUGGAGAUUGGUUGCCCUGGGGAAUGAAAAGAAGGGAUCUACUGCUAAGACGUUACUGGAGGAGAGAAGAUGAUGGAACAUAUGUUAUAGUAUACCACUCUGUUUACCAUCCAGACUGUCAACCGAAGAGAGGCUAUAUUCGUGUCUCCCUUAAAAGUGGAGGAUAUGUAAUAUCUCCAUCAAAUCCAGGAAAACAAGCUGUUGUCAAGCACAUUCUUGCUAUUGAUUGGAGAAUCUGGAAGCCUUACUCAUUGACCUCUUCAUCAAAAUAUAUAACAAUCAAGAUGCUUGCAAGAGUUGCAGCUUUGAGAGAAUUUUUCCAAGCAAAACAUGGAAAUUACUUGUUCUCCAAUUUCUCAUCAAGAGAAAGAACAAGAGAGAAACGUUUAUCUGCUCAAGAAAAGGAAUACAUCAAGGAGGAAGUCAAGAUGGGUGCUGAUAGUAUUAAGGGUGAUGAUUCUGAGGACGAUUUGGAAGUCCUUGCUCCCAAACAUGCCAACAUGGGUGGAUCAAUUGUUCAACUUAAUGAUGCUGCUGAUGAAUUUUUUGACUUACCUGAUGAAUCUGAUUGUGAUGAAUCAGAGAUUGUGUGGCCUCCCAAAGAGGAUGCCGAAUCCCAGGACCAACGCCAUACCAUGUUAUCAACAGCAGCAGUUCUAGUGAAAAAGUUACAAGAUCUUUCAGGUCAAAGGAAGGGUUAUUUUGAUCUGAAAGAAGCUUCGAUUAAUGGUACAGAACUUUAUAGCUAUGGGACUACUCUUCCAAGCGACUCAACCUGUACCACUAAUUGUAGUUGGACCACUGCAGAUCCUUCAACAUUUCUAGUUCGUAGUGAAUCCUACUUGAAAGAUCAUAAGAAGAUUAAAGGAAGCACUACUUUGAUGAAAAUGGUGGCUGCUGAUUGGCUGAAAUCUGAUAAGCGUGAGGAUGAUCUAGCUAGUCGAGCUGGGGGCAUAGUUCAGAGAUACGCAGAUCAAGGAAGCAGUAAUUUUUUCUUUAUCAUAAACAUACAGGUUCCAGGUUUGACUGCUUAUAGUCUUGCUCUCUAUUACAUGCUGGAUACACCAUUGGAGAAUGUUCCUAUACUAGCAAACUAUGUCAAGGGCGAUGAUGCAUACAAGAAUUCAAGGUUUAAGCUCAUACCAUAUAUAUCUAAAGGAUCCUGGAUAGUGAAGCAAAGUGUGGGAAAGAAAGCAUGUUUGUUGGGUCAAGCUCUGGAAAUCAAUUAUUUUAGUGGGCGAAACUACCUUGAGCUUUGCGUGGAUGUCGGCUCAUCUACUGUUGCCAGGGGUGUUGCAAGCCUUGUGCUCAGCUACCUAAGCAAACUGGUGAUAGAAAUGGCUUUUUUAAUACAGGGAAAUAGCCAAGAGGAACUUCCAGAAUUCCUCCUGGGAACCUGUCGACUGAACUAUCUUGAUGCCACCAAAGCUAUCCACGUACGCUUAUGUUGACAGUAAGAAGUAUCUUUCUAUUGCUCCUUGUUCGUCUCUAUAUUUUAAUUAUGCAAGAUUUUUUAUAGAAUAUAAGCAUAGCAUUAUUUACACUAAAUUUAUGCAACUUUUUCUUUACAGGUUUAAUUAUAUCUGAAUAUGGAAAGUGAGAACCAAAGUUGUAUAAUUUUUUUCAUAGGUUGCUACAUUACAUGCUGAAUUUAUAUUAUUUAAUAUUUGUCCAACAACUUCUUUCUCCAUUUGUUUUCUCAAGCCAUACUAUUUCUGGCAUGACCACAUAAUAUUAUAGUAUGUGUAUGCAUGGACAAAAUUUAUUUAUUGCAGCAUUCUUUCUACCAAAAGAUAAAUCACAUUAUAUAAAGUUUUUAGCAUUCUGGAAGUAAAUUUCUGUAUGGUGCUGUAAGCUUAACUGGAUGACUUUUACUGUCAUAUUUGAGUGAAAAAGAUCAGUUCUUUAUUGACUUUCAAAACAUCAUUGUGCAGAAUAAUGAGAAACUAAUUACAGUGUUGAACUUCAAAGAGAAGAAGUGUUUUGAGUAGUAGUAUUAAAUGAAGCUAAGGUGGAGAAAGCAGUGAAGCAAUAAAUGAAAUGAUGAAAGGAGUAAUAAAUGACAUUGUGAAAGGAUCAAAGUUAACUGAAGUUUUAGCUAAAUGUGGUUAGCAAUCUCACCAACUACACUAAAACUUUAGGUAGAUAAAAGCUCCCUUGAGUUGAUGUACUUUAUUAAUUAAAGUUGUUCAACUUGUUGUCCUGGCCAUGGACUCCUCUCUAGAUUCCUUAAAAAAAAUAUCCAAUUGAUCAUAUUACCUAUUUCAAAUCAAUAAUUUCUCUCAUACAAUCAACAUUAUGAUAAAUAUAUAACUUUAGAAAAUUUCACAAUUGCAUCCAUCUAAAUAUUUGUAUUUUCUUUUAUAACACUCAAUAUUUUAAUGUUUUAAUUAAGUUUGCCAUUCUAUUAAAUUAACUCUUAUUAAUGCCAAACUUAAUCAUGUUUUAUCCUAAAAAAUAUAGUUUUGGCAUCAUCCAACAAACAAAGAAUAUAAUUCAAUCACCUUCUUCACUAACCAUUUACAAACUCAUGGUACUCACAACAACUUUGGAUCACCAAAGAGUAAAAUAAGACCUGUUGAUGCAAGAAAAAAGUUGAAAUGCUUGAAAAUAGUCAAGUAUUUAAGAUUUUAUAAUGUAGUCAAAUAUUUCAUAUAUUAACAUUACUCUUGAUACAUCAUCAAAAAUCGCCUAAAACGAGUCUUAAUGCAAACAUGAAUUAGAAACUUUCCAAAUUAAAUUCGGGAUCAUCCGAACUCUGAUUUCAACAAGUUUAUAGUUGAAAUCAACAUCUCAAGGAGACGAACACAAUGACACCAAAUUUGAUCCAAUCUGAGCCUAAAUGGGCUCAAAGCCUCAAACCAAAGGGUGAAAAUGCAUUUGGAAGGUUCAAAGCAUAAAUUGGAUAAUCAAAUGAUAUUCAAAUAUAACAUGCUUAUAGACGAAUUAAGCGGAUCGACAAGAAUAAUCCAACGAGCCCAAGAUCACCUAAUUUUGACAUCACUUGGGCACAUAAAUGCUUGACAAAUGCUCUAUGAUCGAGGGAGUUAAUAUCGGCAGUCCAUUGAAACACUCCAAACAUGUCAAUGAUCUUCUCCUUAUGAAAUCCACUGAUGAACCUCUGGCCGACAAUGAUCGUCUAACCUCCAUAUGAAAUCCACUAAUGAGCUUUCCUCUGACCGCCGUCGACCGAUUAUGGUCAUUCCGACCACUGUCGCCCGACUACUGUUAUCCUAACCAUUGUCGCUCGACUAAGGUCAUUCCGGCCACCGUCGCCCAAUUACAGUGACUCAAACCACCGUCGCCAGACUAUGAUUUUUCCAACCAUUAUCGCCUGAUUACAGUCCCUCUGACCUUCAUUGCACGCAAAAUAUGAUCCCUCCCACCACUAUUGCCCACCUACUACGAUCCUUCCAACUUCUGUCGCCCAUUGAUUACGUCCCCUCUGACCAUCAUCGCCCGUCGACUACAGUCCCUCCGACCUUCGUCGCCCGCCGACUACUGUCCCUCCAACAACCGUGGUCUGUCGACUACAGUCUCUCAAACCGCUGUCACUCGUCGACUAUAGUCCUACUGACCAAAUGAACAGAACUACAUUCUUUUGAGAAUAUUUAUCAUAUCAUUGAAGUUUUCCUAACUCUCACCAUAUAAUAUGCUCUAUAUGAUGAUACUUACUACAUUGAGCCAAAGCCCUCCCCCUGAGUAGGACAUCAUUUGUAAUCAACUACAAACAUUAGUGAAAUCAUUUUUAACUAGGCCAGACCCCAUGAUUUUUUCCCCCUUUUCAGGGCUUUCCACAUAAAAAUGUUUCUCUUAUUACUUUUGCACGUCUCUCUCUCAUAUAUGUGUUGAAUCUUCGUUCAAAUCUAAAAUAUUAAGCUCUUUAUAUCUCUACUGUUGUGAAUGUUCAAGAACACAACUCUAAUAUAAUUAAAAUAUACUAAGUUAUUUGUUACAAUAUUGUGUUGUUUCCCAUAUAUAGAAAAUCCUAUUUGCCCCCUUUUCCUACAUCUAUAACUCAAUAUAGUCUUCAAAUUCAUGUUUAUACUAUUUAUUAUGAUCUACAACAUUGAAUUCAUAUAAUGAUCAAGUUUCAUUAUUUUUAUAAUAAUUUCAUCAUUCAUCAAAUAUAUAAAAAUUAAAGAAGACAAUUAAACAAAACAUAAAAACUCCUAAAUUUUUAAUUUUAACAUAGAUCCCAUCAUUAAAAAGGAUAAAUACAAAAGAACAGCAACUCAUGUUUGAUUAAAUAUCUUAAAAUCACAAUCAUAUCAUUAUACAAUAAGAAUCAUAUGUUGUGCAAUUUUUUAUGCAUCCAAAGGAUAAUCAAUCGACCUUAAAAUUUCUCAUUCCAGGAAUGCAACGCCAA